UCUUUUCUUUUCAACAGUCACAGUGUUGUGAGAUAAAGUCGGAAACACAAGCAAAACUUUGAUUGUUUUUCAGUCCGCGUGCAUCGAGGGCGGCCGCGCCGUGAGUUUGUAGGAAAAAUCCACCUACUUGGAUUUUCCCGGCAGCUGGUGACCGGGUGAACAGGUCUAAGGGGGCGGGACUGGACUGACCUGUUUGCGGAGGCGGCUCUCAGGUGUGGGGAGCGGAGCGUCUCGAGGACACGCUGGAACUCUGUUGUAGUGUGGAAGCGCACAAACCCAGCAGGGUUUUAAAGGGUUAAGGUGUGCUAUAAGGGCUGUGAUGUUUAAGGAAAAAUGGUGAAGAAAAGAGACAGAAAAAAGAUUCUGCUCUGCACGUUUGUUUCUGGGAUUAUUGUCAUCGCGAUCGUUCUGCUAAAAGCUCAUGAGCCUUUGACAGUGUUUCCUCUUCAGUUGGUUCCUCGCCUUGAACCAUCUGAAGUUUACACCAAGGCUCAACCAGAUGGAUCGUGUGCCACACCGUCAGACUGUCCCUCGGCUCACUUAAGCUUCUACCUUCAGACUGGAGCCGCCAACAUCGUGGCUCCAAAGAUCUGCAUCCAGAACAAGUUAGUUCUUGGAGCAGGUUUAAUGAAUGCUGGAGUCGGAAUAAACAUUGCUAUAAUAAAUGGUAAAACGGGAGACGUUGUGAAUAUGGGUAACUUUGACAUGUACAGCGGGGAAGUGAAACCUCUCAUCGAUUUUCUGAAGAGCGUCGAGGCGGGCUCCAUUGUGCUGAUGGUGUCUUACGACGAACCUGCGUCAAAGUUGAACGACGAGGCGAGGCAGCUGAUCGCCGACCUCGGAAGCUCCCUCAUCCGAUCGCUGGGCUUCAGAGACAACUGGCUGUUUGUUGGCGGUAAAGGAACAAUUGUAAAGAGCAACUUUGAGAAGUUACUGAAGAACGACAAUGCGCACAAUAAAUAUGAAGGCUGGCCCGAGCUCAUCGAUCUGCAGGGGUGCAUCCCUCAGUUCUGACCAGGCUCAAAGCAACGACGGAGGAGCACGACACCACUGGCUAUACCUGAUCCCUGAAGGAGUCAUGUGACUGCGGUCAUGUGUGUUACAGCAGCAGCAGCAGGGAGGACGACCCCUGAAUACUUUCACUCAGCUAUCUGACUGUCACACAUUUUAACGAGGCUUGUUCAUCAUUGCACAACAAUAAGAUACUGACAGUUACACAUUAACAGAGAUAGAAGACAGAAAAACUGUCUCCAGGUUAGGACUGGAGUCUCUGUCACCAUGAUAUAUAUCUAUAUAUCUAUAUCUAUGUAUCUAUAUCUAUAUCUAUCUAUAU